UUCAAUCUAUUGAUACUUAUAUUAAUGUUAAUAUUUCUUUUUAUUUUUUGUGUAUAGAUAUGCAUCCGUCAAAUGUAUACGUACAUCCUGGUCCAGUAGAGCAUGAUGUAUUAAAAAUUCAAGUUUAUCAUCGUUCCGAAGGAAUUUGGAAUGGUAGUAUAAAAGAAGAGAGGUCUUGCUUAUAUACGCGUCGUGGUGAUAUUGAAUUUUGGCAACAUAUAAAAUAUCAUCCAUUACAUUCUCGCAUCCGUCAAUAUUUUGAAAAUUGUAGAUUCAAAGGAAUUCUUGAUGUAGGAUGUGUGCCGUAUGACUCCGGAUUAAUUUCUGCUUUAAUUGAAAGGUGGCGUCCAGAAACUCAUACUUUUCACAUGCGAACUGGUGAGGCUACCAUAACUUUACAAGAUAUUGAAAUUUUAUUCGGAAUGGUAGUAGAUGGUAGUCCUAUAAUUUUAAAUGGAGCUGAUUCUUUAGGGAUUAUAGGUAGACAAGAAAUGAUAUUUGAAUUAACAGGAUGGUUACCCGAUACUAGUUGUUUUUCUGGUGUUAGUAGAUUGUUAACAUAUAAAUUGAUUGAUUAUAUUGAAGGUUUGGAUGGUGUUAAUGAUCACUCAACUGAGCAUGAAGUGCAACAAAAAUUUAGAUUAUAUUUAUUAUGGUUAUGUGGUGGAUCAAUAUUUCCGAAUAAAUCUAAUAAUAAGAUUAAUUUGGACAUUUUGAUUGACAUGAGAAAUUUAGAUUUAAUGUCAACUCAAGCAUGGGAAUCAGCCGCAUUAUCAUAUUUGUAUAAUUGUUUAUGCCGUGCAUCAAUGUAAAAAUCAAAUGAAGUUUGUGCAUUUCUCUCUUUA